AUGGGUAUCUCUCGUGAUUCUCGCCACAAGCGCAGCGCCACCGGUGCCAAGCGCGCUUUCUACCGCAAGAAGAGAGCCUUCGAGAAGGGUCGCCAGCCCGCUAACACCCGUAUCGGCACCAAGCGCAUCCACUUGGUCCGCACCCGUGGUGGUAACACCAAGUACCGUGCCCUCCGUCUCGAGUCCGGUAACUUCUCCUGGGGCUCCGAGGGCGUUGCCCGCAAGACCCGUGUCAUCGGUGUCUCUUUCCACCCCUCCAACAACGAGCUGGUCCGCACCAACACCCUGACCAAGUCCGCCGUUGUCCAGAUUGACGCUGCUCCUUUCCGUCAAUGGUACGAGGCCCACUACGGCCAGGGCGUCGGCCGUCGCCGCCAGCAGAAGACCGAUGUCACUGAGGAGAAGAAGAGCAAGUCUGUUACCAAGAAGCAGGCUGCCCGUUACGCCGAGCAGGGCAAGGUUGAGGGUGCCAUCGAGCGCCAGUUCGAGUCCGGUCGUCUGUACGCUGUUGUCUCUUCUCGCCCCGGCCAGUCCGGCCGUGUCGACGGUUACAUCCUGGAGGGUGACGAGCUGGCUUUCUACCAGAAGGCUAUCCGCAAGUAA